CGCCCACUAAAGCAAAGCAUGCUUCAGUAUGGAGUGAGUUUUUAACUAGUCGUAGUUAAAACAAUGUUUUAACGUUAAGUUGGUCUUUCAUGUUCCUUCUGCUUGAAUUGAUGUUGUCUUCACUCUAUAAGAUAUCCGUGCAACUGACUCACUAGCCAACUAUAUGCUAGUGGAUGAGAGUGCUCAUCGAAUAUGCUAAAUGGAUCUCGGCAUGACUUAUUAAGUAUAAGCAAUCGUCUGUAACCUGGUGACGCUGUGGCAAAAUGGAUAGACCCACCAACAUCAUGGACAUGUUUGAGACUGGAAAAGUCUUGAAAGUCUGUGCGCCUAUGGUUCGUUAUUCAAAGUUAGCUUUCAGAUGCCUGGUGAGGAAGUAUGACUGUGAUGUAUGUUUCACUCCGAUGAUUGUGGCAGCAGAUUUCAUGCGCUCUGUGAAAGCCAGGGACAGUGAAUUCACCACAAAUAGGGCUGAUCGGCCCCUAAUUGUGCAGUUCGCCGCCAAAGACGCCCAGACGCUGGCAGAUGCUGCCUGUGUUGUUGCGCCUUUCUCUGAUGGAGUGGACUUGAAUUGUGGUUGUCCUCAGAGAUGGGCAAUGUCAGAGGGUUAUGGAGCCUGCCUGAUCAACAAACCAGACAUUGUGAAAGAUAUGGUGCGAAAAGUCCGAAACCAAAUCGAAAACCCCAACUAUGCGGUGUCCAUUAAAAUCAGGAUCCACAAAGACAUAAGGAAGACCGUAGACCUGUGUCAGAAAGCAGAGUCGGCAGGGGUCUCGUGGAUCACCGUGCACGGACGGACAUCUGAUGAGCGCCACCAGCCUGUCCACUAUGAUGCCAUAAAGACUAUUAAGGACAGCCUGUCCAUCCCAGUCAUUGCCAAUGGAGACAUCAAGAGUCCACGGGAUGUGGAGUCGAUUCAUCAGCUAACUGGAGUUGAUGGUGAACACAUACACUAACAAAUGACUCUGCAGUGGACUGCAGUUGCCACCUUCCUAUAUGUGGAGAUUGGGAUCCUUCUUCUCCUCUGCAUUCCUUUCAUCUCUGCUACAAGAUGGCAAAGCAUUUUCAAGCUAAACAUAUGGAACAAACUCUCACCUUUCUGGAACAAAGGCUUCCUCACCAUGAUCAUAGUCCUCAUCGUACUCUUUCUAGAUGCUGUGAGAGAGGUAAAGAAGUACUCUGGCACAGAGCCCGGUAAAGAUGCCAAACUGAACCCCAACAUGUACGACCACAUGCACAUGAAGCUGUUCAGAGCCCAGAGGAACCUCUACAUCUCUGGCUUCUCACUCUUCCUCUGGCUAGUCAUGAGGCGUGUCAUCACCCUGAUCAACCAGCUGGCCACAGCCAAGAACACCACCGGAGCACUGCAGACCCAGGCGGAGAGUGCCAACCAGGCCGCGAAGAAAUACAUGGAGGAUAACGAGCUCCUGAAGCAGGCUCUGGAGGAGGGAAAGGGAGACCAGGCAACUGCUGAGGGAAAUGAGCUGUUGAGAAAAGAGCUGAAGAAACUGAAGGAGGAACUGGCGACCUCAGAGGAUGAUCUAAAGAAGUCUCAGUCUGAGGUGGAGGCCAUGAAGAGACAAAGUGAAGGCCUGACCAACGAGUACGACCGCCUGCUAUUGGAUCACCAGGAACUGCAGAACCAAAUUGCCAGUGGAGAUAAGAAGGACGACUAGGAUUUUUCAAUGUUGUAUAAUAUUACUCCAAAACACCAGUGAACUCGCUGUGCACCAGCACCUGUUUUCUCUUUUAGCCUAUAUCAGAGCACUGCAUGCAACCAAAAAUGUGACGACACCCUCACCAUGCAGGCAGUAGUGUGAACCAUGCAUGUUGUUUUCGCCAGGUUUGACUAGGUAUCAGUGCACAUAUCAAGAUGUGUUUAGUAUAUGCCAUGUGUGAGGAACUGGCACAUGUUGUUUACACCAUCUGGGCUUACACCAACGGACUCCUUUUUUGAUCUACCCAUUGGCAGUUGAUUAUGACUUAAGUAGUCAGACAUUUACAAGACAACAAAUUGACAAAACCUUUUAUCACUUGUAUUUUGAAGUGAUGGUACAGUUUAUAAUCUGGUCAAAGAACCCAAAUCAUUUGAAGCCAAAUCUAGUGUCAGCUCAAGCCUAAUGUCAGUGGCUUCACUACAUGCGAGAAGCCAAUCAGCACCACUGUGUAUUGUUUGGUGCGGGAGGGAUGUGUUUUAGGGGUGCAAAAACCAUGCUGUCUUAUGCUGUUAUGCUGUCUGUUCUCUGUUCUCUGACCAUAUUCAGGGACUUCCUUCCUUUUUCAGAGAUGAUGUAGAAUGUCAUGGUGACAAAGAAAAUAAUGAUUUGAGGUUGAUUGUACCAAUGUUUUUUUUUUUUUUUUUAAGUCUUAAGUGCUCCAUCCAGGCAUCGUUUGUUGUGUGUUAUAGCCCUGUUUAUUGUUUAUUGCACGUGUUCUUUUAAUAUUAAGUUAACGUUCUUGUGAUUUUCCUUAUUUUAAAAGUCACUGUGUUCAUGUGUUGUUAACGAGUGGGCACAUUGCAUAUUUGACACAGUCUCACAUUAGAGCAGCUCAAAGAAGAAGCUAUUCAUCAGACACUGAGCGCAUUUACUGUGUGGUUAUCAGUGCUCAUGGAGUUUGACCUCAUCUGUGUCAGCAGUGUAGAUGGUAGGUGGAUGCCACUGAUGUCAGAGUAGAGUACUGUUUUUUUCCCCUCUCUGUUCCACAGUUUCCACCUCUCUGUUGCACAGCUUAGGAGAGUGUGCUGUGCAGUUGUUCGUUGUGCCAGUGGCAUGUUUUAGAGGCGGUUCAUCUGUAGACAUUUCAGAUUUAAUGACAACUGUGAUCGACGUUUGCCCUCUAGAAGAAUGUGAAAUGGACUUUACCCGGACUGAAACCCUCCAAGCCUCAUGGGUAUAGUAGGCAUACUGAUGGUAAUGAGCAUGCUGACCACAGUGGAAAUGCAAACAGGGAACUAGCCUCCCAAGAUAAAGUGCCUUUAUGACAACUGUAAAGGAUUCACAUUGUGCUGUAUUAUUUGCUAUUUUAUGAACUCCACUGUUAUUAAAAAAAUAUUUCACAUAAAAAUAA